AGAAGGAGUGGGAUGCGAUGGGCGUCACGUGACUGCAGCACAUCACCUCAGCCCCCCCAUCCUCCUCCGCUCCACACACUCAAUGUAAACACCGCUUUGUCUCUGAGCCCGUGGCUGCAGCUCUGCACUCGCCAUGCCAUGGAUGCUUUAUGGCAAUACCAGUUCAGGAUCAUUUUACUGGGGGACUCGACGGUGGGCAAAUCAUCUCUGCUCAAGAGGUUCACGGAUGGCGUCUACAGCGACGUCGCGGACCCCACGGUCGGCGUGGACUUCUACGCCCGCUCUCUAGACAUCGAGCCCGGGGUUAAAAUCAAGCUACAGCUAUGGGACACAGCCGGACAGGAGAGAUUCAGGUCCAUCACUACUUCGUACUAUCGCAACUCUGUGGGCGGCCUCUUAGUCUUCGACCUGACGAACAGGAAGACCUUCGAUCACGUGCGGGAGUGGCACCGAGAGGUCAGAGAGCACAUCCUGCCUCAUCACAUGGUCUACAUCCUAAUCGGCCACAAGAGCGACCUGAACCGCGACCGCAAGGUGACUCGGGACGAGGCCGAGCAGCUGGCGGCCGAACUCGGCAUCCGCUACGUGGAGACUUCGGCCAAGUGCAACAGCAACGUGGAGCGUGCUUUCGAGCUGCUCACACGGGACAUCUAUGAGCUGAUGAAGAUGGGCGAGAUCUCCACUCGCGACGGAUGGGACGGGGUCAAGAGUGGCCUCACCCCUAAAGUUCUGUACCCCGCCGAGGAGGAGGCGGAGCGAGAAAAGAGCUGCAACUGCUGACUCCCACAAGCCACCAGCAAUCGCUCACCUGUGUAUCAGUCGCUCGUCGCUUUUACUAACUUGUCUCAUCACGGUCACUGCCUCAGGCCUGGACCGCUGCUCUUACCUUGCUGUCGCUGUCUGAGGUCAAAGGUCUCUCAAAGGUGUAGUAUAUUUGGGCUUGAAUGGACUAAAUUGUUGGAGAUCACAUCAUGCUCUGAUGUUUGCACCAAUCUUGUGCAGAUAAAGGAUUUUAGAGUCUAGUUGUACUUCACCUCCUCUGGAGCUAAUAUGGUUUAUUUUGGCUUGCUCCUUUCCCUUUAACCGCUAUUACUAUAGUACAGUUAACAUUUGAGAGAACAUAUCAUAAAUGAAGACUUAUCUACACUUAAAUACUUCAAAGACCCUAUAAAAUGGCUUGACUACAUGGUUUUCUUUCCUGUGUUGACAUGCUUUAUUGACACAGGAAGUUGUAGAUGGACAAAUGAAUUGUCCUUAAAGAAAAACCUAUGUCCGAUAGCCAUUAGUUAGUGUCGGUGUAAUGAGCCAUGCUACGUUCUGUGGCUAGUCAGUGGCUGGUGGUAUUAGGAGAAGGACAUCUGAGAGCAUCAUAUUUUCCCAGUAGCAAAAUAUUGUAAAGUGUGUGUUUUUAAUAGGUUUUUAGGACUACACAUAGCACAUAAAUGCAAUCUACUCAUAAGAGCCAUGGACUGAAAGCCACAAAACUCUUUAAAUAAGACGAACAUGUAAAAGUGAAAACUGGCUGGUAGACACAAUUUAUAGGUAAAAAGGCAAAACUAAGGGGCCGUUCACACAGAAUGCAUUUUACCAUUCCAAUGUGCUAUUUUUCUAUCGUGUUUCUAUGUAAACACAUGCUAAACAGUCAUGUAUGACCAUUACGCUUGCUUCAUGUAUGACCAUUACGCUUAAAGUAUCAAGUAAGUGUCAAGUAAAAAGUUUUUCAGUUUUUACACACAGCACUGUUCGUCAAUGUCAGUUCCAAAACAGUGGACCAAUCAGAAGCACCCGGAGGCGGAGCAAGCGUUAUGAGCUUUUGUGUACAGUAGCAAGUUGGCAUGAUAAUUUCUUAUCAGAACCUGUUUCUUAAAAUAAAAUAAAAAUCCUUAUUACAUCGCAUCUCAAAAGCGUGUCUCAGGAACCUUGCGUUUUGUGCUGUUUUAGUUAUUUAUUUAUUUUUAUUUCAAACCAUUCUAGUGCUUUUAAAUGCAAAGACGC